GAGAACUAAGUGUAAAUGAGAACAAAGCUCUUUCCUUUCCUUCUCGCGAAACCCUUUCCUUCUGAUUGCCGCCUCAGCGCCCAUACAACCUACCAGAUUACUGUCGCCGGUCAGAGCUCUUUGGUCGCCACUCAGAGCUCUCUAGCCGCCACUUCAGAGUCUCACACACAGAAUUACACAACUGGCUCGGUAGCAUAUUGGAUAUUGAAUCUACUUCAGGUACCUAUAAUUGUAGGAAUGAGUUCAUAUGAGGCUGUACUUUUAUACAAAGGGAAAAGAGUUAUAGCUUCCAAGGAAGACCAGCAAACACAAUGGAGUGUGCAGCAAUUAAUUAUAUAUUGUGCAUGUGGCAUAGUUGCUGGCAUAAUUGGGGGUUUGCUUGGUCUUGGUGGAGGAUUUAUCUUGGGUCCACUUUUCAUUGGACUAGAAAUCCCUCCUCAAGUACCUUAACUUUAUCUCAUUCUCUUUUCCAUGAAAUCAAUAUGUAGGAGAUUUAUAUAUGGACUACUAAUUAAUUGAGAUUUAUGUGAGUAUGUAUGUUUGCAAUGACAUUUUCUGCAUCUAUGUCUGUAGUGUAGUGGAAUAUUACCUUCUCGAAAAGUUUUCCUAUUCCAUA